AUGAAAGGAUGGAGUAAAGUCUUUGCUCCCACUAGCAAGAAGAAGGAGACCUUGAAGAGGAAGAAAGAAUCAUCAAGUGAUUCAGAUUAUGAUGCUGCAGAAGAUGUUCCAAACAUCUCAUCUCCCACACCUAAACAAAAGCUACUACAAAGAAAGUGCCCCAAAAUGUUGAAUAAGCUCCUUAGGAGACUAGCUGUGGAGAGGGAAUUGACCAAAGAUGCCCUGAAAUGUCAAGACAUCUUUCACUGCAUCAAGGAAGCUGGCCUGCUGAAGACUGUUGGUGACUUUAGUCCCUGUUAUGAACUCCUGGUCAAAGAAUUUCUUGUCAACAUUCCUGAGGAGUGUGACAAUCAACUGAGCAAAGACUAUCACAAGGUGUAUGUCAGAGGUAAAUGUAUCAAUUUUUCUCCUACUGUGAUCAAUAAUUAUCUAGGAAAGUCUGUAGAACCUAAGGCUGAGUUGGAGGUUGCAAACGAUGUUAUGAGUUAUGAGAUUACUGCUGGUAAGGUCAAGGUGUGGCCCAAGAACAAGUUGAAUGUGAAGUAUGCCAUCCUGAAUAGGAUUGGGUCUACAAACUGGGUACCAACCAAUCAUGCAACAAAUGUUGCAACAAGUUUGGGUCGUUUCAUUUAUGUUGUAGGAACCAAAGUAGAUUAUGAUUAUGGUUCUUUUAUUUUUGAUCAAACUAUGAAGCAUAUUAGAUCCACUGCUGUUAAGAUGCCCAUAGCAUUUCCAUCUUUGUUAUGUGGGAUCAUUUUGGAUCAAUAUCCAGAUAUCAAGGUUGUGACUGAUACUCCUAAGAAAAGGGAAACUGCUUUCACCUUUCAUCACAAAUUGUUUGGAGAUCAUAAUGUUGCAGACCAUGUUGGGACAUCUGCUGAUGGAGCUAGUACUAUGACCAAAAUGGAGAUCAUUGCUGCUCUAAAAGUUCAAUAUCGGGAGAUUGAUAAACAGAAAGAUGAGCUUGAGGAGAAGAAGAAAAUGUUUGUGAAGAUGAUUCAAGGUCUGGAAGCUGAUGAUGCACCUGUCAAAGUUAGUGAAAACGUUGCUGCUGAAGGUGAACCCCAAGAUGCUGAUGAUGAGGUCUAUGACACUGCUACAGAUGCGGAGGAUGAUGACUCUGAUAGCAGUGAUGAAGAAUGA